AUGGAGUUGGACAUAAGUGGUAACGCAGUUGAUGUAGUGGCUAUUGCUGAAGGUGGUUUCGGUAAUUUAAAGGAGCUGGACAUAAGUUAUAAUGCAAUCGAUGUAGCGGCUACUGCUGAAGGCAUCAAAAACUUGAGACUUUUAGAGAACCUCUACCUAGAUGGUGUCCACUUGAAGGAUGUGGGGACUGUCAUGCGAGCAUUAAGGGCACUGUCAUCCCUCAAGAUCCUUUCUCUCCAGGAUAAUAUGAUAGAAGGAACAAUUACUACUCAAGGCUUGUGUAACCUCAUAAAACUUGAAGAGCUGGAUCUUAGCAGUAACAGAAUUACUGGCAAGCUUCCUACAUGCUGGCGAAACAUGACAUCUAUUCGGGUUCUAUUUCUUGAAGACAAUGAAUUCAUAGAUAAUGUUGCCUCAUCUCCCCUCACUAGUCUUACCUCACUCGAAUUGCUUUCCAUUUCGGGUAAUUAUUUUGACAUCCCCUCAUCACUCGGCCCACUUGCAAACUAUUCAAGACUUAAGGUCCUCUUGCUUGAUGACAACAACCUAACAACUGAUUCCAAAGUUGCGUCUAAGAUCCCGAGGUUCCAAUUGACAAUUUUUAGUAUGUCAAAUAGUCUAUCGAAAGGAUUCAAAGUGACUUCCCUUGGCUUUCUCAAUCAUCAAUAUGACCUGAGAACCAUUGAUCUCUCCUCGAAUGGCAUUCCGGGUCCCUUUCCAGCUGGGUUGUUGGAAAACAACACUAAAUUGGAAAACCUUAUUAUGGCAAAUAACUUAUUUGCGACACUUGAGGUUCCACCGAUAACCCUUCGUAAUCUUUGGGUGAUGGACGUGUCCAACAACGGCAUGAGAGGAGAGCUCACGACCGAAUUUUGUUUAAAUGUCCCAAAUUUGUACUACCUUAAUCUAUCGGCCAACAGAUUGGAAGGGAAUAUUUCAUCUGAACUGGGUCCUAUAAAAUCCCUAUAUUCCUUAGACCUUUCCCACAACAAUUUUUCUGGGGGACUACCUAUCCAGUUACUAGAUAGCAACUCAUCAUUGUAUAGACUCAACCUAGCAUAUAACAACUUGCAAGGAGAAAUCGUGUUUUCGGACGACACCAUGAACCUAAAUUUGGUAUGGCUCCAAUUAGAGCACAACAUGUUCAAGGGAAAUCUUUGUUUUCUUUCAUCACUCGUAAUUAUGCGCCUAUUGGACGUUAGCAACAACUUUUUCAUUGGUAAGCUUCCUAGAUUGAUUGCAAACAUGUCAUCGCUUAUGCUCCUUGACUUGUCAAAAAAUCAGUUAAAUGGCCUCAUCCCUCGAGAACUCUUUAAUCUUCCUUGGCUCAAGUAUUUGGAUUUGUCUGACAACAAUCUCUCUGAUUCAUUAGCAUCAUCUUUCAUAGCACCCUUGUUGAGUUAUAUCCAUCUGAAUGGGAACAAAUUGAAUGGUUCAAUCAUGCAUCUACUCCCUAACAACUCCAAUUUGGUGACCUUGGAUUUGAGUGAAAAUGAGUUCUUCGGAAGCAUACCCUAUUGGCUAGGUAACCUCUCUCAAUUAAGCAUUCUUUUACUGAGAGGUAAUAGCUUCUAUGGAACAUUUCCCCGGCAAUUGUGUAGAUUGAAAAGCUUAAGUAUGAUCGAUCUUUCUGAAAACAAUAUGUCUGGUCCAUUACCUAUUUGCUUGGGACCCAUGAAUUUCUCCUCUGGAGGAUAUGGCAAGGUAGCUUCAACAUCAUUUAGAGGUGAAGAAUCGUCACCUAUUUCUUAUGUGAGGACAAUUAGAAUAACCAUGGUCGACCACGUUAGAUUUCUACUAAAGGAAGCAAUGCAAGUUCAAGAUAUUGUUGGGUUCACAGCAAAAAGAAGAUUUGAUGCUUAUAAGGGCUACGUCCUCCUUAACAUGGUAGGACUAGAUUUUUCUUGCAACAAUUUCAGCAGGGAGAUCCCACCAGAGAUUGCAAUCUCACAGGACAUGAUUGUGUUAAAUCUAUCACACAACAAGCUUACAGGACAUAUACCGAUGUCAUUGUCGAACCUCACAAAGAUAGAGAGCAUUGACCUUUCCUACAACAACUUGAUUGGUUCUAUCCCUGAAGAGCUCACUCGGUUGAAUUUUUUGGGAGUCUUUAAUGUGUCUUACAAUGACUUAUCAGGAGCCAUACCAAACAAAAAUCAAUUUGGGUCAUUUAAUGAAAGCAGUUACUACGGAAACCAUCUUCUAUGUGGACUGCCAUUGAGUAAUGACUGUUCGACAACCAUUGAUGUUAAUUGCUUGUCAACAAAAUCAUGCAGGAAAGCUAAAGAAGAUGGUUUCAUAGAUGGAGAGACAUUCUAUAUCAGCUUCGGAGUGUCACACACGACGGUUUUACUAGUAAUUCCGAUUGUUCUAUUCCACAACCCCCAAUGGCGGCAAGGAUGGUUUCAUUAUGUGGAAUUGGUUAUCACCACAUGUCGGAGCUUGUUCAUCACAUGCUACUAUUUUGUGCAGGAUGGUUUUCAAAAAUUGUCCAGUGGCCGAACAAUUUAG